CGUAGGGUAUCCUUGUAUCCGAGAUGACCAGGAAGGGGGGGUACAAAGGCACAAAGGCACAAGGACUCGCAUUCCCGACCUGUCGCCCAUGGGAAAGUGGGCGGCGGAUGCACAAGUCGAGCGCAGGACAACAUGGAAUUGGUGAAAGGCGUCGAUGGGGUCAAAAAACCCCCCACCCACUAUGCUUCAGUGGACCGUAACCCUGUGCUGACCGCUGGAAACUCUGACCUUGCCCUGAGUCCGCGUGCCUGGGUCAUGCCUCCGGUCAAGGAGCGUCCCCCUUGCCCUCAUAACCCCAAGCUCCUCUCGGGACCAAAAUGCUCUUCACCCCCUUACACUGGUUUUCGAAGCUUGGGUCGCUUGGAGAUGCCUGCUGGUGCUGCUGCCGCAACGGCGAGCUCUCCCACUGAGGGACACCGUCCUACGCCGCUGGUUCCCAUCAUCGUCCUCGUCCGUUCCAGCUGUCGCAAAAGCGCGAUCAACGUUACGUAUAUGGCGAUCCCAUCAUUCUUGCGUAUGCUGUCGCCUGCCAGGUACUCCGUACUCUGUACGCACAUCGAUUCUCGACUUUGUGCUCGCAAGGCCUUGUGCUGCUUAGUUGCAUAUCCGCAGCGCGUUACCGCUUCGUUUGGGUUCUUCUCCAGCGCAUGACUGGAACAUACUCUGUACACAUACACACACGCAUAUAUCACAUCUUUUGGUGAGUCUUUGUAGCAUCCCUCGUCCACUCACAAGCCCUCCCAUACUCGGAAGGUCGUGCCUGCUACGCUGUGUCCGGAUAAACGCAAGAACUGGCUCUGUCCCGUCCGAGGACGCACGGGUUGCCGACACUUGCCCUGCGUCUAGACUUCGCAGUCUCUCCAUGGAUCGUAGAUCUGUCACCACAACAGGUCUAGCUUGCAGGCUCUCAAGACGCCUAGACUGGGAUGGCCGAUGGCCCCGACCAGGGCCCCUGGUGGGUUUCUCCAUACCGGCGCGCCUGCAGUGCCACCAGAGCUCCAUGGCGUAACGCAGAUCAUCUGACCCUGGGCUUGAGACCAAUCGAUCCGGACUGCACGGGCUCUGCCCAAGCGCUUCUGUCAGACGUC